AUGUUUGUGUUGAAGUUGGCGGCCAGCCAACUUCCCCCGGUCCCGAUGGAGAAGGAAUUCCCGGAUGUGCGCAUAUUUGACUCACCGCUCGGUCGGGUCGCCUGGCCAUUCGGCCCCCAGCCCCACCCUACCGUAUGGAAGAUUUUGGGAACCAGCUCGCCGAACUCGUUGAGCCCCACCGUCCAUGAGUAUGUGAACGCCUAUGGAUACCGUAUGACCGGCUACAAUGUGUAU